UAAGAGGUCAUUCUAUUCUCCUAUCUCCGAUAAAUAAAAAAAUAAAAAUCAUCCUCUUCGUCUCCCUCUCCUUCUUCUAUCGAAAUCCCAAAUUAUUUAUCUCCAACGCCUUCUCGCUAUUCUGUCCAAUGUCAGGUAUCACUCCGGCCAAUCCCUUCUCCGAUUCGUUGUCUCCAUCUAUCCGAGACAAAUGUCUGCCGAAACAACAACCCACUUCACCAAAACUCUAUCACGUCUCCUCUCCGCUCGACGCACAUCAUCGACAACCAUUACCGAUUCAACCCUCUUGCGUGAUUCUCGCUUGGUAUUUUCUUUUUGCUCAAAAGCCCUUAAAGUGUCCGCUCAAAGGAGCUUUCUUCAAGAAGGAAAACAAGUUCAUGCAUGUCUAAUGAAGUUAGGAUUGUGUAAUGUACUAUCUCUGCAAAAUCAGAUUUUGUAUACUCAUGUGAAAUGCAAAGAAUUCACUGAUGCUCAUAGGUUGUUUGAUGAAAUGGGUGUAAGAAAUGUGGUGACGUGGAAUACGGUCAUUUGUGGCCUUGUUGAUUAUGGUAGUAUUUAUGAGCCAAACCUCCAUAUGGGCUUUUCUUAUUUCAAAAGAAUGUUGCUGGAUAGGGUAAGUAUGGAUCCAAUAACGUUGAAUGGUUUGCUUCGUGCCUGUCUUCAGCUUAAUAACGUUGAAAUUGGCAGACAAUUGCACUGUUUCAUAUUGAAAUUAGGUUUCGAGUUGAGUUGUUUUGUCAACAGUGCUCUUAUUGAUUUGUAUGGGAAAUUUGGAUUGGUCAAGGAGGCAAGGAACAUAUUUGAUAAGGUAUUGUGCAGAGAUUUGGUGUUGUGGAAUGUGAUGUCGUCUUGCUAUGCAUUGAAUUCCUUGGGAGAAGAGGCUUUCAGAGUCUUUAACUUGAUGCGAGGGGAAAAUUUGAUAGGGGAUGGUUUUACAUUUUCUAUCAUGCUCAAUUCAUGUGCGAUUUUGGGUUCUUAUGUAUUAGGAACGCAAAUUCAUGGUCUUAUCAUGAAACUGUCCUUCGAUUUGGAUAUGUUAGUGGCUAGCGGACUUGUUGACAUGUAUGCUAAGAGUGAAAAUGUAGAAGAUGCUCGGAAGGCUUUUGAUUAUGUGUCUGCUAAAAAUGUAGUGUCUUGGAAUACUAUGAUUGUGGCUUAUGGGCAGCAUGGGGAUGGGAAGGAGGCUAUGAAACUUCUAAAGGAAAUGUUGCGAGAGGUUUUUGCUCCAGACGAACUAACUCUAGCUAGCAUUCUUAGUUCGUGUGGCACUGUGUCAGCAAGUUGUGAAAUCAUGCAAGUCCAUGCUUAUGUGGUAAAAAUGGGGUUUCACUCCUUUCUAUCAAUUGGAAAUGCCUUGAUAAAUGCAUACGCCAAGUGUGGCAACCCUGCUUGUGCACUUGAAUGCUUUAACUCAGUUCUGAAGCCUAACCAUGUAACAUGGACUUCACUUAUCAGUGCUUAUGCUUUCAAUAGUUUUCCUGAACUUAGUAUCGAGAUGUUUGAAAAGAUGUCAUCUACAGGUGUAAUGCCAGAUAAAAUUGCUUUUCUUGGGGUUCUUUCUGCCUGCAGCCAUGCAGGAUUAAUAAAGGAGGGGCUUCACUACUUUAGUUUAAUGAUAAAACAUUAUCAGAUAAUACCAGAUGUGGAGCACUAUAGUUGUCUAAUUGACCUUCUUGGUCGAGCUGGUCUUUUGGAUGAGGCUUUUAAUGUGUUGACUUCAAUGCCAUUUGAGCAGAGAUCAGACAACUUGGCAGCUUUGAUUGGGGCGUGCAAAAUCCAUGGAUAUUUGAAAUUGGCUAAAUGGGUUGCAGAAAAGCUUUUGGAAUUGGAGCCGAACAUGCCUGUAAAUUAUGCUCUUAUAUCUAACAUGUAUGCAUCUAAGGAUCAGUGGCAUGAUGUGGCAAGAAUUCGCAAACUGAUGAAGGACAGGGGUAAUAACAAAGUUCCAGGCUGCAGCUGGAUGGAACUUGGUGGCGCUAUCCACACGUUUGUUUCAAGUGAUAAGUCCCACCCUCAAGCUUCAGAGGUGUAUUGCAUUUUAGGAAUACUGCUUAGGCUAAUGAGGAAUGAACUGCAAGCCAUGGAUGAAAAUUUUCUAUAUGAGUGACAAUGUGCUUCAUAAUUUCUCUCACUGACCCAAUGCCUUGGCUUAUUGGCUAGGAAAACAAGAGUGCUAAUAGGUGAUGUCUUGUCAUGCAAAUAUAAAUUUGCUGCUCAUAGGAGGUGGAAGUCUUUGAAUACCACAGUGAGGGGAAUAAUGAUUUUAAAGUGCAUAUUGUAUUAGGUUUCAUUUGGAUAACUUGCUGCUUUUCUUCUUUGGUGCUAUAGUAGGCCAAGGAAAAAAGAAAAGGAGCUACCACAUAAUAUCUCUACCUUAUAAAUUAAGAAAUACUUACUUAAUAUACUAGUCUCCUCAUUCAGGGUUUAUUGAAAAAAAAAAUGCAAAUGACAAAGUGAUAUCAGUUAGUCUUCCUUGUAAUUCUUUGAUCCUGAGUUGAUUAAGAAUAGUUCAAAGCAUAAGCCCCAUUUUAUCUGAUCAAAGCUAGCUAGAUUUUCCUGUCCCGGAUGAAAUUUUGACUUUCCUUGCUAUUAAGCAAACGUCAGUCAUGUCUGACUCAGUGAAAGUUCAUUGUGGCGUAAUGGGGCUACCUGUGUCUCAACUAAGAUAUAAUGGUGACAAAUUCUAUCAAUGGGAUAGGCUUCAUUCCUGAAUAUCACAUUAUUCAUGUUAGAAUGACAAGUGUUUUUUACCACUUUGAAAUAGGUUAGAACAUGAUUACGUAUUACACAUCUGUGUCACCAGCUUGAAUUAAUUCUGUUUACCUGUUUCUGUUUCAUGUAAUAUAGGUGUUGAUGGAAGGGGUCUCCUUGAAACUCUGGCAAUCUUCAACAAACUGCAGAACUCUGUCAUUCUCCACUCUUAACUUUGGUGCUAAUAAUCAUUGUUUAUAAUUUUGAUACUCUCCAUCCUAACUGCAGAUGCAUAUGGAUUGGACUUCUAAUCAAAGGGAUAAAUUUUUAUUUACUGUGCAGUACACGUAUUGUAUAUUGUUGUUUCUAUGUCUAUUCAGUCUCUUGCUUGUUUUUCAGCUUUUAUGAAUUGCAAUUUUACAAUUUGUGGAUGUAUUCUUAUAAACUGAAGUGAUUUAGUUGAUGCA